CUUUCUUAUUUACAUUUUUUUUCUGAUUUUGCGAUUGCGAUAAUGCGAUGCGAAGUUUCAAACUUUUUGAUGAGUUUCGUUGAAAUUGAAAUGAUGAGGAAUAUUACGUAGAAUGAUUUAAAUAUCAAGUUGUUUCGGUACAAUUUCAUAUUUGAUGUUGUUAAUUUCAAGAUUCGAUAUUGCUGUAUCUUUUUGUGUGAUUCGAUGUCGUAAUUUAUUGCAUGUUGUUUUUAGUGAAAAAUUAAAAUUAACUGUACUAGUUAUUUAAAACAUGAAUAAAAAUGAUGAUGGGUGAUCAAUAUCGUAGUAAAACUGAACCAUUUUCUCCAAAAUCUUCUCCUCGAGGUUCAAGAUCUCCAAUAGUUCCUCGUCAGGAUUCCACGGGAACAUUAAAAACGACGAUUUCUCUCGGAAAGAAUCCUUCCAUUGUACAUAGCGGACCUUUCUACCUGAUGAAAGAGCCACCAGAAAGCGCACUAACAGGCGCUAAAAACCUGAUGGCUCAUCAUGGCCUUGAACAUACUUAUAGUAAAUUUAGUGGAAAACGAUUAAAAGAAUCAUUAUCUUCGUUCCUACCCCAUUUACCAGGAUAUAUUGAUACGCCUGGAAGCCAAGAUAAUAGUUCUCUAAGAUCUGUCAUAGAAAAACCUCCGGUUGGUGGGAAAGAUAUUAUACCUUUAAGUAAUAUGCUAUUAAGUGGAUUUCGUCUUCAUCCGGGACAACUUCCCGAACAAUAUAGACACGAAAACAUUAUGCCACAGAAAAAGCAUAAAAAUAAAAAGAAGAAAAAUAAAUAUAAAAGCAGUGAAGUUGUAAUGCAAGAAUCGUCUAGUGAUCUCGGAUCCUUAGAUGCUCACGAAAAGAAGCAUAAGAAGCAAAAGCGUCAUGACGAAGAUAAAGAACGAAAAAAGCGUAAAAAAGAGAAGAAGAAGAAAAAGCAAAAGCAUAGUCCUGAACAUAGUAUGGGAAGUUUAACUCCAAAUCAACAUUCUAAUGGUUGAAGAAAUCCGGUUUAUCUGAGAAUAUCGUUCGAUAUUUAUUUUUUCCUCUGUACAUACAUUGCCUCAAUACAUUUUAUUUUGUAAUUAA